AUGUUAUUCAUAUGCAGCUCUAGAGUGGAAUCUGAAACAAUGUGUCCUCCCUUGACUACUUUAUUCUUGUGACUGGUUUUGUCUUCUGAGCUUUGGGGAUGGCACCGAUAACGUGGGCGGGGUUAGACGGCGGCGCUCUCUGAUUGGUUGUCCGUACCGCCCCCAACACACGUACUACCGGGAUUGAAACCACCGAACGCAUCUUUGCACAACAUCGGCAGUAAAAAAGCAUCUAACGUAAUAUCGACCCUAUCAGAGCCCGCACGUGUUGUUGUUGUUGUUGUUGUUUUUACUCAUUGCGGUUGAAGUAAACGGUGCGCGGACAUUCAUGGCGAAGAGACGUGCGCUGCUGCUGCUCGGCGCCCCCUCCAAAAGAUGUCACCUCUCUCCCAGCGGUGUGGACCGGCCGCUGGAGAGCAUGGCCCCGAGCGGGGGCGCGACUCCGCGGUCCCUUCUGGAUCUGAUGGGCACCCGCUGCAGAAAGAGGCCCCGCCACCAGGAAGAAGACCCGGAGACGCGCGAAGAAGGAGCCCCCCUCCGCCGCGAGCCCGCCGACUGCGACACGAGGAAGCGGCACGCGGCCAAUCUCUUGACUCUGCGCACUUCUGGGAGUUCCCUGCGCCGCCGCAGCUUCAGCGCGCCAUCGAGCUCCGAGAAACGACCCCGAGGUGACUGCGCGGGCUCAGAGGCCGUCACCCCGAAAGCUAACGAUGAAGCCCUGAACGGCACUGAUGACAGCGCCUACAACUCCUUCCAGUACUGGAGGGCCCCCUUACCCGAGCUCAACCUUUCACUGCUGGAGGAUCCUGGCCGUUCCCCAAGCAAAGACGAGCCCGAAUACAAAGACUCCUCUUCUGAAUACAUGGAAACGUGAAGAUUGCAGGUGGAAGCCAGUCCGCUCUACUGUGCCCUCGCACGAGCAGUCUAACGUGUCUCGGGAAAUAUGUGAUGCAUUUCAGCUGAUAGAGACGUUAAAAGCACUUUUAGGGUGCUUAAAACGUAUCCAGGAAAGAUGCGACCUCUCGAUAGACUGCCACGGUAGCCCCGUCUGUGAACCUCGUGCUGGUCUGAGAUCUCUCGGUGACUUGGGGGAAUCAACACUGAGAUCCUCACCGCAGUAUGCUGUUCUUUCAGUGGUGACCAAAACCGUGGUGAAAUUUUGGUAAACCUCAAGUUGCAUAGACCGGUGUAGAAUAGUGACUCGUACUUCUUUUCUUUUGCAAAUAUAGUAUUUUAUUAAUAAAUAAUAUUAAUAAAAACAGUUGACGUCAUAAUCACACUAGAAUAUCAUGUUUUGUGUAACUAGUUUGAAGGUUGUUUAUAGGUUCGAUGACUGUUAUAGAUGUUUGAUACAUUUGUUAAAACACUUUAUUAAAGGCCAGCACUUUAAUUACA